AUGCCACCUGGUGGGCGCGUCCCCUAAUGACGGGAUUCCCGGCGAGUAACAUGACCAAAAAGAAGCGGGAGAAUCGGGGCAUCGCUCUGGAGAUCGAAGGGCUGGAGGAGAAGCUGAGCCAGUGCCGCAGGGACCUGGACGCUGUCAACUCCCGGCUCUGUGAGCCAGAGCUGAGCCCUGAGGCCAGGAGGUCUCUGGAGAAGGAGAGAAAGAGCCUGAUGAGCAAAGCCUCCAAGUACGAGAAGGAACUCGGGCUGCUCCGGAAGGAAAACCGCAGGAACAUGCUGCUCUCCGUGGCCAUCUUCACCCUCCUGGGCCUCGUCUACGCCUACUGGAGCACGUGAGCCGUCCUGCGCGGAAGAGGCCUCCCCUCUGCCAGGCAGGGCCGCAAGGCUUCCUGUGGCCUCGCCUCCCUCCAGAGGGUGUGAGGCUCCGCCCACGGCCACGGGAGAGGCAAUAAAGCGGCUGAGUGAAUGUCAGA